UCGGUAAAAACUCGAUGGUAUUCAGUCCUCCCAGGGUUACCGGAGUUUUGUUAUUGUGUGUGUUCACUGUUCUAGUCUGAUCUCUCGCCAGGUACCAUGGCGUCCGUUAAUGCGAUGAACAAGCAGCCCCCGAUUCAGUCCACGGCCGGAGCCGUGCCUGUUCGAAAUGAAAAAGGUGAAAUCUCGAUGGAAAAGGUGAAAGUGAAGCGAUAUGUCUCUGGUAAAAGGCCUGACUAUGCCCCAAUGGAGUCCUCUGAUGAGGAAGAGGAGGAGUUCCAGUUCAUUAAGAAGGGGAAAGAACAGGAGGUUGAGCUGGAGGAGCAACCAGAAGAGCCCACCAGUGAUCCACGUCUGCUCAGAUUACAGAACCGUAUGAAUGAGGAUGUAGAAGAGAGGAUAGCGAGGCACCGUAAGAUAGUGGAGCCCGAAGUUGUAGGAGAAAGUGAAUCUGAAUCAGAGCCUGGAGAAGACUGGCGCGUGAGAGAGGAGAGAGAGCGAGAGGACACCAGUGAGGAGGAAGAGGAAGAGAUAGACGAUGAGGAAAUUGAACGGCGCCGUUCUCUGAUGCGUCAAAGAGCUGAAGAGAGGAAGAAUGAGGAGAUGGUGGAGGUGUUAGAAUUGGAAGAUGAAGGGAAAUCUGGGGAAGAGUCAGAAUCUGAAUCAGAAUAUGAGGAAUAUACAGACAGUGAAGAUGAAGCCGAGCCCAGGCUUAAACCUGUGUUCAUUCGCAAAAAAGACCGAGUAACUGUGCAAGAGAGAGAAGUAGAAGCGCUUAAACAGAGGGAACUUGAGUUAGAAGCAAAACGUAUGGCAGAGGAGAGACGGAAAUACACCUUAAAGAUUGUAGAAGAAGAAACAAAGAAAGAGAUUGAAGAGAAUAAGCGAUCUCUGGCAGCACUGGAUGCCCUAAACACAGAUGAUGAGAACGAUGAGGAAGAAUAUGAGGCGUGGAAAGUGAGAGAAUUAAAACGCAUUAAGCGUGAUCGUGAAGAAAGAGAAACAUUGGAGAGGGAAAAGGCAGAGAUUGAUCGUAUGAGGAACAUGACUGAUGAAGAACGCCGUGCUGAGCUUCGUGCAAAUGGAAAAGUUAUUACAAACAAGGCUUUGAAAGGAAAAUACAAAUUUCUGCAAAAAUACUAUCACAGAGGUGCAUUUUUCAUGGAUGAUGAGGAAGACGUCUAUAAAAGGGAUUUCAGUGCACCCACAUUGGAAGACCACUUUAAUAAGACCAUCUUGCCCAAAGUCAUGCAGGUCAAAAACUUUGGUCGCUCUGGUCGAACAAAGUACACUCAUUUGGUUGAUCAAGAUACAACAUCUUUUGACUCUGCCUGGGGACAGGAGAGUGCCCAAAACACCAAAUUCUUCAAACAGAAAGCAGCAGGUGUAAGGGAUGUAUUCGAAAGGCCAUCUGUGAAAAAAAGGAAGACCUAAUUGCAAACAUUUGGAUUUUUUUUUCCCCUUUACGUGUGGAGACAGAUGAGCAGUUAGUGGUGAAAGAAAGUUCUAAUUUUUGUAUAAAUAUUGUCAUGGACCAUGGUGCAUACUGGCCAAGAGACUGGAAGAAUUAUAUUGGACUCCAUCUGAGUCAUUGAGCAGUGGCUAGUCAGUGUGUAUGGACUUGUACAUAUGUUUUGUAAGAGACAUUUUAUUUAAAAAUGAAAUCUAGAUUUCUUAUUUCUCACAAAAGGCUACAUCAGACACACCACGCCCUUCUUGCAAAUUUAGCUUUUGAUUUAAAAACUUUAACCUUUUGGCAUUCCUUGUUUUCUAUAUAAUGAAGGGUGCCAGGAAAACGUUUGUACCAGACUGUAGAUUUUAUCAUUUAAACUGAUGAGAAUUUUGUUGAAGAUGACCUUAGAAAAGGUUCCAGUAUAUGGAUGUAAUAAAACAAAUAACUUGCAUUUACUUGUUUGAUGUAAAUAUUAUAAUGGACAUAAUAUAAAUUAUUUCACUUGUUGCAUCUAAAUGGUCACAGGUAACCCAAAUCUCUUAAAAGGCAAAAUUCUACCAUCUUCUAUAAAUGUUCAAAUAGUUUGUCUCCUAUGUUGGACUCACAAAAAAAUAUAUAUUUGAGAGAGUAGGGUAGGUAGGCUACUGGUACAAGUGAAUUAUGGGAAAUGCAUCUAGGAACUAGAAUUCUUUACUGUGGUGGCAGAAGGCACAGGAACCACAGGUUAAAAAAACCCUCUAGAGAUACCACUUGUCAUUUGCAUGUGCACAACCUGAUAUCCUGUGCAAAGUAAUAAAUGUACUGGAAAUUG